AUCAGACCGUCUGAGAGAGAGAAGAAGAAGAGACUGAGGAGGACAGAACAUGAGGGAGAGUCUUUCUCGGUCUGUUUUCAAAAUCGUUCCAUUCUUUUUUAGAGAAAGAGAAGAGAAAACAUAAGGGGGAGCUUUGGAGAGAGAAAAGCGAAAGAGGAUGGAGGGGGACAAGAGAAAGAGGGGAAUUAAUGAACUUAGAGACUUCUAAGGGCUGUGGAGAUGUUUUUCCUUUCUUAAGAAAAAAGACUUGUACCCAAAUAAGAGCAAAAAAUGUUUUAACAUCUAAACAUAGUUGAUUCUCUAAAUGCUGCUUUUCCACCCUGCAAGUGAGCACUGAAAAGCAUAUGCGUGAAGAAAUCUGAUGGACGCGACUGAGAUAGAUAGAGAAAGGCAAGGCAGAGAAUUCUGACAUGGUGUCGACCCAAAUUGACAGGGUGGGAAGAGGAAGGAGUUGGAUAUUCAGUGAUAGACGCAUCUACCACCAAACACAGGUACACUCUGAUCAAUAUUAAGAUCAGUCCAAAUAUCCAUCGUCAUCACAACAGAUUAUCAUUAUCCUGAUACAUCCAUCGUUCAUCAGUCUUUAUUGAUUUGAGACCUCAGUGUGGAGUGCCUAAGUAUUCUAUCAUAUUGCUGUUUAUUUAUAUUCUACUCUAUACAUUACAGCACCAUUUAUCAAAUCAUUGCAAGCUAUUGUUAUCAAAUUGAUAAUUUAAUUGUAAGCUGGUGAUCUUUGCUCAUUUUGUUAUUAGAAAUGAUCACUAAUAACUGUCAUCGUAAGAAUAUUUAUGGGGCACAUGUAUGAAUUGCUGUUAUUGUAUGAAAAACAAAAUAUCCUUUCUCUUUACAUGAAUGGACAAUUAUUAUAUGCCUACAAAACAGUCCUUUCUUUCUUGACAGCAUAUCUGCUCCGUUUAAAUACAUUGAAAUAUCAGAAUAUACCAAAAUCAAAAUCUCUUUUGAAUAAUCUCUCAUACCAAUUACAACUAUAAAUGUUUGUAUAGUUAAAAUGUAAAUAAAUAAAUAUAUUUGCCUAUUACAGAUGUGCGCUAACAAUUAUAUUGUUCUUGAAAUAUGUGCCAUCAUGAUUUUUUUUUCUAAGCAACUGAAUAAUAAUAAUAAUAAUAAGACAUAACACUGCAAACGUCUGCUAUAAUGACCACAAGCCAUACUGUCUCUCACCUCACAAUAAUCAUUCCUCUCUUUACUUUACAUACAGUCCAGUGUGUCAGGUAGUCACUUACUAGCUGUGUCACUGUGAGCAAGGUGUGUGGAUAUUGUGCAAAGUGGAGGUUACUGGAAGGGGGAGGGGACAGACACAUAAAGGGCACAAAACCCCUGUCUAGAAUCAGAGGAGGCUGGGACCAGAGGAAAGAGCAUUACUCAGCUGUAGCUGUUCUCCAUGAACAACUGUGCCUGUCGACCGCUUUGCAAAUUGUAUGUGUGACAGAGAAGAAAAUAUUUUGCACAGACUCAUGAAAAGGAAAGAGGAACUCAAGCAGAAGGAGCAACCUAGAUAAGCAGAAAUAAAGAGACCACAGCUGAUAGACUGGAGAGUGGAGCAGGGAUCUUUUCUUCCAACACAGUACUUCAGCUCAUCACCUGGACAAUUCGGGCUCUCAAUACAACGUAAGAGGGAAGGGAGUCAGAGAGUCAAGGGCAGGGAGGGGAAGAACAGACAAAAACCUCCUGAGGAAGGAGAGAUAGUCAUCAAUAGAGAGAGAGAGGAGGGGAAGUUCCCUCUCUCUCGACCCAACUCGUUGUCAGGCUGGCUGACACAGCCAUGGCGUUCACCUUCGCGGCCUUCUGCUACAUGCUCACCUUAGUGCUGUGUGCCGCACUCAUCUUCUUCGUCAUCUGGCAGAUUAUUGCGUUUGAUGAGCUGUGCACAGACUUCAAGAACCCAAUCGAUCAGAGCAACCCCACCAGAGCGAGGGAAAGAAUUCUGAAUAUUGAAAGAAUAUGCAACUUGCUGCGAAAGCUGGUGGUGCCAGAGUACUCCAUACAUGGGCUGUUCUGCCUGAUGUUCAUGUGUGCUGGGGAGUGGGUCACCCUGGGCCUAAACAUCCCCCUGCUCUUCUACCAUCUCUGGAGGUUUUUCCAUCGGCCGGCAGAUGGGUCAGAGGUAAUGUAUGACCCUGUCAGUGUGAUGAAUGCAGACAUCCUGAACUACUGUCAGAAGGAGUCCUGGUGUAAGCUGGGCUUCUACCUGCUCUCCUUCUUCUACUACCUGUACAGUAUGGUCUACGCCUUGGUGAGUUUCUAAACACAGAAUAGAAGACAAAGCGACAAAGAGGAGAUUGAAAGACCGUAAAAGAGACAGAGCAUGCAAGACUAAGACUGGGUGAUGUCACUCACCCUUCUUUCUCACCAUCCAUUACGCCAUCACAGACCCUGUUUUGCUCUCCUCAAAUCUUUGGAUGGAGGGACAAACAUCGGAGGACAUCGUGAGGAAAUUAGGCAAAGUAAAGAGACUUUUUUGAGGCUGCUCAGACACUGCCGAGACAUAGAAGAGGAGGCGCAGACAGAGAGGAGGAAUGAAAUAAUGAAGAGAAAGAGAGAACACAUCUUAGCCUGUGUACGGGAUGCCUUGAUCUGACCACAUCACGUCUUAAGGGCUGUGGGUCUGCUAUUCUUAGUGAUACUGUCACUCAACUGUGAAUUUAUAACGUUUGUGUUGCCUAAGUCCUAGUCCUGUUGUGGAUUUUCAUACGUCAAUAUCCUUCCAUUAAUAAACCUCACCAUUUUAGAACAUAAACAUGUAUUUAGUUAUUCUACGAAUUUGGUUAUUAUUAAUUAUUUCAAUAAUUCAGUACUUGUGGUAAAUCAUAUUACGAGGAUAUGAAUAGUUAGUUGUUUAAGCAAAUAAAUACACAGUUCAAUGCUACAAUUUUGAUCCAGAGCGAUAGUAAUUGUGUUAUUCACAAAUAUCUAAUAUACGUCAUUUAUGAAAUCAACAACACAAACACACAAUAUGAACUGAACAUACGAACACAACAUGAACCAAUGGAGCAAGCCAAGAGGAGAAAUAACAAGCUGGAACACUGUUUUGAUUAUGAUGCAAUGGCCAUAAGCUUCUGCGAAGGAUCACGGACACCCUGGAGCAAUGUUUGAGUCUAGGUCCAUCCCAAUCAAGGCACUAUCUCCCAGCCCCCGUUCCUGCCCAGGGCAAACAGGCAGAUUUCAUUCCAACAGAAAAUUAUUCAGGAUUGAAGGGAAUGUUUUAGCUCUGACCGAGUUGGUACUUGGGUGUUUAAGUAUUCUGUGUUUGUCUGUUCUGUUCUAGGCAGCAAGGGAUGAUUUCACCUGGACUUUCCAUGCUCUGUGCUCAGUGAUUCUAGAUUCUAGAAAUCUCAUUCAAGAAAAGCAAUAGCUCGGAUUGAUUACUGUACAUGGGAUCAUAUUUCCUCUGUGGACUAAUACUGUGUGACACAAAUAACUGAUGAGGCUGCUGAAGAUGCUGGUGUUGAUAGGGUUCCAAUGAUGACUGUGUCAAGCGCAGAAACGCGUCUCACAUAGAACAUUAUGGUGGGACAUACAUACACUGUAACUGUUCUCACUCAUAGGUGUCACAGUGAAUGUUGUCAGAAACUUUAGUCUUCGGUUCAUUUCAAAGCUGGUGCUGUCCUCAUCGUCAUGAAUCCAUAGCGCUAUGUGUAGAUAAUUCAUAAUGAUCGGACUGUGUGAUGUUAAAAUCAUUAGUAAAAUGGGUAAUACUGGAACUUGAAAAAGACAUGUAAAACUGAGUGAUUAUUUAUUAUAAGCUGACCAUAAUUGCAGUAAUGAAUUGUUUACAACAGUUGUAAUCAGUUGGCAUCUGAACACACACAGAGCCCUGCAUUAUAAUGGAGCCACUCACAUUUUAGUAAUGUGUCAAUAUUGUUCAGCUAGGUUUCUUUUGCCAAGACACAUACAGUAUGUUGAUCCUGACAGUUCCCUCUAAAAAAGGACAACAACUUCUCAACCCCUGCCAACAAUGUGAGUCAAUCACAGACAAUUGCUAAAGCACAAAAUGGCGGGUCACAGAGGGGAAAUAUAGCUAGGCUGACCAUCAAUGACUGUCAUAAUGCAGUUCAUCAGAAUGAAUGAAUGAAUAUAUAUUUAAGAAUAACUAUUUGUAACUGUCUUCUAUACAUCUCUCAUCACUGUAUGCUAUAUUUGUUGGUGCGGUAGUUUGUAUUCAUUAGAAUACAAUAUGAUAUACAGGUCACAAACAGCAAUUCACAUAUUAUAAUAAAAUAGCAAUGUGU